AUGUCCCUACGAAGAGCAUUACGUGCUGGUGGAGUCGUAGUCCUAGCUGGUGGUUCCUUCUUGCUUGGAGCUCGAUAUGGAAACGAAACGCCUUUUAGGCGCCUUCAGGCUGCAACUGCUGUUUCGCCUGUUCCAGUGGUGCCGCCACUCCCACUAACACCAUCUGAAGAAGCUAAACCUCUACUAGAGAUUGGUCCGUCUCGUGCUUCAGAAAUAAUGCGCUAUGGAUUCCCAGGUUUUGACAAUUUACGGACUUUCGAGGAUUUUGUGCUGUCGUACGAUAGGAAAACAAGGACCGCUCACUGGGUAUGUGAACAUCUGACCCCCACCAGUCUCAUCUACGAUAAGUCUGUGGACAGAUCGAAAUGUGAAUUUCGUGCAGAUCCGAGCAUCCACAAAUACUUCCAAUCAGAAAAUACCGACUACAGGGGUAGUGGUUACGACCGCGGCCAUCUUGCGGCUGCCGGAAACCAUAGAAAAACUCAAAAUUCUGUUGACCAGACCUUUCUUCUUACAAACAUGAGUCCACAAGUAGGAAAGGGUUUCAACCGCGACAAGUGGAACGAUCUGGAACGUUAUGCUAGGAAAGUGGCCAAGAAGAGUUUGAAUACCUAUAUAUUAACAGGUCCGCUUUACCUACCGCGGAAAGCGGAUGAUGGGAAUAAAUACGUGCGCUACAAGGUUAUUGGAGCGAACAAUGUUGCGGUACCUACUCAUUUCUUCAAAGUAAUUCUGGCUGAAACGUCACCAAGUAACUUCGAAAUGGAGUGUUUUGUUCUUCCCAAUGAGGUAAUACCUGAUUCUGCAGAGCUUUCCAUAUUCUACGUUCCUCUGGAAAUGAUUGAGAGAUCUGGUGGCUUCCUCAUCUUCGACAAACUUCCAAAAGAAAAAUUGAAGAAAGUAAAUGGAAAGAAGGUAUUAGUGGUCGACGCGCAUGGUAGAGAGAUGUCCGUCGAUCUCCUUUUCGACGUCAAAAAUGCAUUCUUUCUUGGACAUUACCAACAAUGCAUCCUUGAAGCCCAAAAGUUAAUUACGAAAGCUGAAGAUGUGAAGCUUGCCAAAGAUGUAUUCACAUACCGCUCUUAUAUUGCCCAGGGAAAAGCUUCGGUAGUGCUCAGCGAGAUCUCCGAGAAAAAUGAUAAUCCUGCUUUGAAGGCUGUACGACGUCUAGCGGAGUAUCAGAAUCAUGCCAACAAGAAACGCAUAGCGAAUGAAGUGCAGUCUGAGGUUUCUAGUGGCACAGCACCUACUGAUGACACUUCUUGCAUUGUUGCCGCACUCAUUCUGAAUGAAGAGGGCAACCCCGAAGAUGCCAUGCGUAUUCUCUCGAAAAGCAGCUCCUUGGAAGCUCGUUCAGCCACAGUUUUCACGUUAUUGCAGAUGGACCGCAUCGACUUAGCAGUGAAAGAGUUGAAAAAGAUGAAUGAAAUCGAUGAAGACGCUACGUUGACGCAGCUCGCUCUUGCCUGGGUUAAUAUGGCAGUGGGCAAAGACAAAUUAAAAGAUGCAUAUUACAUCUAUCAAGAGAUGAUGGACAAAUAUGGUCAAAGCCCCCAGUUGCUUGUUUCGCAAUCAGCUGUUUUAAUUCUACAAGGCAAACACAAAGAGGCGGAGGCGUUGCUUCACGAAGCGCAAUUGCGUGAUGCGAACAAUUGUGACGCACUUGUAAAUCUUGUUGCGGUCAGCCAAUUCCUUGGGAAGGAUCAUGAAGUCAUGAAGAGGUACAUUGCACAACUUCGUGACAUCGACUCUACACACCCAUGGGUGGUCGACCUGCAAGCCAAGGAAGCCCUGUUUGAUGACCUCGUCGCUGCGUAA